GGGCAUAAUUACAAAGGAAGACACAACUGCAAUGCUACGCACGAGAAUGAUCGUUACGAGUAUACCUGCACUGUGUAUAGACAGUCGAAUUGGAUGAAGAGUUGACAUGCUGUUUGGGUAGAGGCUCAUUUUGGAGCGGAAUAGCCCUUUGAAGCAAGUCUUAAACAUGCAAAAUGGUUUUUGUGACUUAGUUUGGGUUUGAGGACAGGAUGUCGUCACACGGUUAUACUGGAACUUUUCGCUUUUAUUCUCUCUGUGUCUGUGUCAUGGCCACUGUAAGCCAUUUACUCUCCCAGUGUUGUUUUCACUUUCAAGUUGUGGAAGCUGCCAAAGAGAAGCAGAUAUGAAGCUCAAUGUGGCGUGCUGUAGCACCUGGUCAUAGAUCUUCACAUAGAACUUCAUUUCUUAACAGAAAUACAUCCUCGCCUUCUGUUGGUCGCCAUUUUCAAACAUUCCGACAAUACACAAGAAAGGUGUAACAAGUCAAAGAAAGUAACUCGUUGAAAAAUGUUGCUAUUAAGUUUAAAAAAGGACGAAAUUAGGGACGAAAAAAUGAUGGCGGUCGACCCCUGUCACCAGUCUCCACAUCCAGGAACGCUCGGAGGAUUUUUGUAGGAGUAGGGCAUGGACGCUCAGCUUAAGUUAUUCCAAUUUACCCACUGAACUUCUGGAGGAAGAUGUGUUAUAUCAUUGAACUCCGUAAAACUAGGUUGUCGUGUUCAAGGCAGUCAGCAACAUACAUCUCCUGGUGAACAUGAGCAAUUUAUCGUCUCAGUCCAAACGAACUGAGCCUUUACAAGAUGACGGAGUGGACAAAGAGCAUCUUCUGCACAGUUUCGUAGAAGCGAAGGAGAAGGUUAACGCUAAAUUCAGAGACCUUAAGAAGUAUCUUGAAGACUGUGAAAAAUUCUUAGCCGAGUUCAGAAAAGCUGAUGAAAAUGAACGAGACAUCAAGAAAUUCUCAAGCAAGGUAAGAUUGUAUGUCGCGUUCAAGCUCCAUGAUGUCGGCGUUGUUUUUUAAUGCUUUUUUUUUCAAUUUAUUUUGCUAUUACUGCAAAGCUACCCUGCACUAUCACGGUCAAUUUCUUGAUGUAGUAAUUCUUAUUAAGUCAGAACUGAUUACUGCAUUUCUCUUAUACAGGUGUCAGGCUAUCUGGCUCAGGUUUCGCGCAUCUCAGAGGUGCUAUCAAGGGACCAGAUAAAGAUGGCCUUCUUUGGAAGAACCAGCAAUGGAAAGAGCACUACAAUAAAUGCCAUGCUUCAAGAUAAGAUCUUACCAACAGGGUUGGGCCAUACUACAAAUUGUUUUCUCAGUGUACAUGGUUCAGAUUUACCAGAUCCAUAUAUCUUGGUUCCAGGGAGUGAUGACAAGAGGAAUGUGAAGGUAUGUCCUUCUAAAAAGUAUUGUAAGUUUCUCCUUUGUUAUAAUUACAAGUACCACAUUUUCUCAAUUGAAAAUUGUUGCAAUUCUCUCUCCUAAUAAUUAUAUGUACCACAUUUUCUUGAUUGAGCAACCGGUUCAUUUAUUUCAAACUUGGCCUGGUAAACCUGGUGUUUAUAAGUAUCAGGACAGGGUAUUAGUCUGGGAUUGGUAUAUCAACUUUUCUUAAUAUCCAUAUUUUAAGACUGAUGGGUAGUCAGUGAGAAAACAUGAUUUUUCUCUGUCAAACUGUCACCUAGUCUUAACAAGGAUAUAUAUUUUUCUUACAAACAUUUUAUGUUUAAAAUAUGAUUUACAGUUAAUAAAUUGUUUUUAAUUUUUAUAGCCUAACAGCAGAUAAAGGCCUUAACCUCAAUCAAUUACCCCUUCUGUUUAAUUCUAAACUAGCAGUAUUUCUCUGGUGUUUACAUGAUUUUAACAAUUAAUUUCGGUUUUACAUUUCAUUCAGAAAAUAUCACUGGUACUUAAAUUAUCUAAAAGCAGAAAAAUAUUCAUGAAUAGAUUAAAUAGUACUCCAAUUGACAUAUGCACUGUCUUAGUUAAUGAAUAGUUAGUAACUAUGAUAAUUACAUAUUUUUCUUUUUGUUAUCAAAACAGUCAUUAGAUGAACUUGCUGAUGCCUUGUCCAAAGAAAAGCUUGAUCCUAGCAGUCUUGUUCAAGUGGUUUGGCCAAAGUCCAGGUUUGAUUUUGUUUUGUAACUAUUGUAUCAUUCACAUGUACUCACAGGUAACUGUUGUCCUGUCAAUCAAAGUGCAUUUACCAUUCAACCUUGCAAACUUUUUUCAUUGGUUUUAAAGGUAGAAUGUUGUGCAAAUUAAUUCUGUUAUCAUGCAUUAGACUUAUGAGAGAUCUGAUUGGUCAAGAACAUUCUAUCACUAUACAAAAGCAGAGGAAGUUGACAUAAUAACCCAGUAUCUGCAGCAGACAUUGCAUCUAUUAUUUGGAGUUAAAAGUCUGCCUAGUGUCUAAGCCCUUACUCCAUGAAGUGUUCUCAAACUUUUACAGACCUAGAGAUAUGUGUCUUCUUUUCCAGAUUUUUUUUUAAAAUUUGUAAUGAAACAAUUACUGAAUUAAUUCAUUUGAUAUCAUAAAUUAUUAAGCAUCAUGUCUUUGUAAUCUGCCUCAGCCUUCAGUUUUGGUAGAUGACUCAGACCUCGGUUUUGAUAAUUCAAGUUAUCGUGCUCAACUUCCUUCAGUAAUUGUUUAAUAAACAUAUAAAGUAAAGUAUAAAGCUGUGUCAUUGAUUUUUCAAUGAGUGUCUUAUAAACAAAGGAAAUGUACUUGUAGUGUUGAAAAGCUCUUGGAUAGGCUGCCUCUUGUUUCUUAAAAAGAUAUAAAAAACUUCUUAAACACAGUUCACAUGUUCUAGAUAAUGCAUUUCACAUUAGAUCAGAGGGUUUGUAUAAAUAAAGUUUUACCUGUACAUUGUUAUCACUUGUGAUGGUUUCAUUUUUGUUAAAACUGUAUUUUUUUUUUUAACCUCAGAUUUAAAAUCUUGUCAGGGGAUGUUGUUUUGGUGGAUAGGUAAGCAAAUUAAAAUUGAUAAAAUGUACUGUAUAAUUAACCUUUUCACCCCUCAAUUACGCAUUUAGAUCCCAAGAAUAAAAGAAAUUGUCAUCAGUUAUAGAAGCUCUUGACUGUCAGGCAAAUUGUCUUUGUCUGCAUCUAAGGGAAUGUAAAGAGGACAGUAUAGAGAAUGUGCAUACUAAUGUUAGGGUGUGAAGGUUUAAGAAAAACAAAGAGACAAAAAAACAAGAAACCAAUUAAAACAACAGGUUAAUGAGGCAUUGCUCUAUUGUGAUAUAUCUUGUGUCUUCUACACCUAGAAGAAGCCUUAAAAUGCCAUGUAAUUAGUCACAGAAAAUUGUUAUUUUAGUCCUGGUACAGAUGUAAGCCCUGAUUAUGAUGGUUGGAUUGAUAAGCACUGUUUGGAUGCUGAUGUGUUUGUCCUGGUUGCUAACGCUGAAUCGGCACUCACCGUUACGGUAUGUUCAUGACCAUUCAUGUGCUAUGUGUAAAUUUAAGAUACAACACAUACAGAAUUUAAAUUUGAUGGAACUUUUUUCAAAAUUUCAGUUGCUUUAAAAUGUGACUUGUUACAGGUCCAUUGUGGUAGCAUUCAUAGAUUUAACCUUCCUAUGCUUGUGGGACAGUUUCUCUAUUGGUACCCUUGUCAUUUGCAGGAGAAAAAAUUUUUUCACAAAGUGAAUCAGCAUCUUUCAAAACCAAACAUCUUCAUUGUACAUAACAGAUGGGACGCAUCUGCAUCAGAACCAGACAAGAUGGAGCUGGUUAGUAAGCACCUAUUUGUCCAUGAUACCCAAUCAAAUUUGAAAUCAAAAGAUGUCAAAAACUGAAUCAAAACACAACAUGGAGUUGCCUUUCAUUUUAGAUGCUCUCUUCAAAGGAAAUUGUUGCUGGAAAAAAAUUGCUGAUGAUUCAUAGUGGGGGGGGGGGGAGAGAGGAAGGAGGGGGGGCUUAGUUAGAGGGGAAGGAUUAAGGUAUGAUCAUGGGUGGGAUAACAAGCCAUUUAUCCCACCUCCCCACCUCCCCACCUCCCCCACCUCCCCUGGAAAACAACCUGUCUCCCCCCUCCCCCCUCCCCCCUAACUAUCAGAUGAUGGUGGUAAAGUGUUAUUUUUUUAAUUUUUUUUUUCCUGUUUCCUUUAGGUGAAAAAUCAGCAUCUCAGUAGAAGCAUCAGUUUUCUUGUUGAUGAACUCAAGUGUGUAGACAAAGGAAAGGCAGAAGACAGAGUGUUUUUUGUCUCGGCUAAAGAGGUAAGCUGCUGGUUAUUUUAUGUCGCAGUUUACAAGGACCAAUUGCAAAUAACUUUGAAAAAGUCUUCAAAUUUUUGUUACUGCUAUGCAAAGAGAAAUAUAAAACAGGACACACCUCUUAAUUGAUCUAUUUAUUUGAACCCCACUUUCUUUUCAUGUUUCUGUUUUACCUAGACCUUAAUGACCAGAAUGCAGAAACACCAAGGAAUGCCUCAAGGAGGUUUGUGGCUGAUCAAAAUGUGCAUUCUCUUGAAACAGCAUGAAUUGUUAACAAGUAAGAUUUUUAUAUUAAAUCAAGUAACUAGCAUUGCAUUACCAGGUUGUUUUUCAGGUGGUGCCAUUCAUGAUGAAGGAUUUUUUGCUCGGCAGUUGGAGUUUGAGAACUUCGAACACAAACUGGAGGUAUUUUAGCAACUGCUCUGGCUUACAAUCCAGCAUAGUUUUCAGAUAGCCUGUUGUCUGUUAGCAGAUCACUUACAAACCAAAAGGUGGCAGAAAUAUUUUGAUGAUUGCAAAGUGGAAUUUAAUGGCAUUGUUAUUGAAGGAGUACAAAAUUGCUAAUGGUAGCUUCACACAUUAAAGCUAGUUACAAGUAAUUUACCACCUGUUAGACCUUUUACUGCCAUCUAUUUAGCAUGUAGAGGGGCCUUCUGACCCUGCCACCUUAAACACCAUUGGCAGCUGCCCAUGGAAAAGGUUACUGAAAUCCCUGGGUCUGUUGUGUGUUAGAUCAUUGGUAAGAACUAAUCAAAGAUUGCUACCACAGAGUCAUGAUGUAUUUGCACAUGUACUUUUUCCAUUUAAAGUUAAACACAUUUGCUUGUUUAGAGUUUGUGUCAAUUAAUUAUUCUGACUUUGCAAAGGAAAUUUUACAUGCUUGAUUUUAUAGGAGUGUAUUUCUAAGUCAGCCAUAAAAACCAAGUUUGAAUCUCAUGCAGUGAGUGGAUUGAAAAUUGCAAAGAAAUUAAAGAUUCUUAUGGAACAAAGAGUGGGUUCUACCUCUCAGCAAAGGUGAGAAAGAGACAGAUAAUUUUUUUCAUUUUGCUUUAUGAAGGUGAUUUUACUUAAUUGUCGGUUUUGCUGAGUUCAUAUGGUCUAUUUUGCUCAGAUCCACACAGGAGAAAGCCAAGAAAGAGCAAGAGAAUAGACUGAAGUUUGUGAAGGAACAGCUUGAAAUCAGUACACGUGAGAUAAAAUGCCUGAUCAAGGAGAUCACUUCUAAAGUUGAGGGUCAGGUAAUAAAAUAAUUACUCUCAUACUCUUUAGGGGGGCAUAAGUUCAAAACUUAUGAUUUAUUCAGUCUUGAAUCUCAGUAAUUUCAAGUUUUUCUCAAUGUAAGGGUCCAGAAUAGAUUAAGAAGUAUGUAAUCAAAUGGAUGACUUUUUUUGACAUGCUUCUUAGAUGCUUGUCAGGUGCCUUUGAUGUAAAUCAAAUUUACUUUGAAGUGAGUGGUAAAAUCUUAUCAAGAGUUUGCCCUAAUUUUACUACUGUAGUGCCUGGGUACACACAGACAUGCACCUAAUUUGUAAUAAGUAUGAUAAAGUAGUAAGGAUGAACACAAAUCAGAACACAAUCUUAAAGAACUAAACUGUCAGAGCUUUUUGCAAUUUCUACACGUAGAGUAUUGCUACUGCCCCCUGAAAUGGGAAGUCAGUCUAUCCCAUGCUACCCGUCCCCCACCCUGACAGCAGUUCUUCAUAUUUUCCCGAUCCCGUGUUUGUAUCCAUUUUUUACUCUUUGGGCCUUUCCGCACAAGCGCACAAAACUAGAAUUGUCCCGAAAAAAUCAAAGGACAAAUUUUGUCAAAUUUCAAAGCCUUCAGAUUCCGUCAGCGCCUGAUCUGUUCACAAGACCGGCCAGCAUAGUUGCCAAAGGAUUCCACCUCCAAUUUCCAGGACUUAUUCUAAGUUGUUUUAAAAUUUUAGAAUCCUUGAGUAUUGCAUCAAAAGGCAAUUUGUGCCCUUCUAGUUACUGAUUUCGGUUCAAUAACGCGCUGGUCCUAACUUUUACGACAAACGAUCGACACGUUUAUUACGGUUUUGUUUAUUCGGUCGAUUUUGUCCAGCUUUUACAUGGGACAAAUUUUUUCGGCAAUACAUCAGAAGAUUUGUUCCCUUCGGCCAGUGAGAAAGUCUGAUGUUGCUUACUCAACAAAAUGUUUUCCUUUCUUUAGGUGACUGAGGCUAUGACAGAAGAGAUUGGUCGAGUGGGCUUGCUGGUGAAUGAGUUCAAUCAUCCAUUCCAUCCUCAUCCUGCAUUCCUUAGGACAUACAAAAAGGUGAAAAUUCCAUGUGUAGACAGUUUCACUGCCGACCAACAGCUGCAGUGGAAGAAUAAUCUGAAAUUAAACACUUUAUCACUCAUUAUGUCAAUAGGAGCUGUGUGAUCACCUCGCGAGGGGCUUGGGUUGGAAUAUGACGGCUUGUUUAAAUGUUCAAACUGAAGUGAUUCUUAAGGCACAAAAAGACAUUGCAGGUCAGUGUUCAGGAACUACUCUAUGUAGCAUGAAUGAUGUGUGAUUCUGCACGUGUACGUAAGCCAAAAAAUUCUUGAAUGAGUAUAUAGUGAAUUGCCGGAAUUAUCUGGAGAAGUACCUUUAAAAACACCUCGCAUCAGGUUACAGAACUGGUCUAACUAAAACCUUCCACGCCUUCCGCCACUGUGAUCUUUCUGAUCAUAAGUCACACUCGCAUUGUUUUGCACAAGGAUUUUGAUAGCUACUUGUCAAACCUGUCAAUGUCAUCACGCCGCACCAAUCAGAAGUGCCAUUCGAGGGGAAACAGUUUUUUCAAAAGCCUACGAGCCUUUCUUCCUCUCCCCACCCCACCCCACCCCCAUCCUGCGAAUUGACUGUCAACACCAAUUUCCUACCAACGAGGGGGGGGGGAAGGGGGGAGAAUCAUAAGACUAUUAUAGGGCCUUAUGAGGGGAUCUAGUAUAUUUUAUCGUGACAAGACCGACAUCUUUCGACCCCCACCCACUCCCCCUCAGAUGAAAACUAGUGACCGGUCCUUUAAGUAGUUAUAAAUAUAUUUUUCUUUUCUUCCAGAUCACCAUCGUAGUCUUCUGCCUGAAACACCAGUAACACGACUAACAUCCUCCAACCCCCACCCCCUCCCCCUCCCCCCAAAUGAUAACUAAUGGCCAUAUUUUCUUUUUUCCUAGACCGCUUUCGUAGUCUUCUUCCUCCUGAAACACUAGGGGUAUCUCUUGAGCCCAGCACUCCAGCGUGAGUAUUGUGUUCUCUAACCCAUUAACCCUUUACACCCUAACAUCAGUAUUCAUUUUCUCCAUACUGUUCUCUAUACAUAUCCUAUGCUGCUGACAAGGAGAAUUUGUUUAACAAUCAAGAGCUUCUUUAGUUGGUGAUCAUUUCCUUUAUUCUCAUAACCUCAAUGUUUGUUUUAGGGGUGAUACUGACAGGAGAAAAUAGUUGUUAAUCACUCUUAGGGGUUAGAGGGUUCAACUCUUACAUUAGUAUGCAUAUUCUCGAUACUGUUCUCCACACAUUUCCUAAUGUGUUGACAAAGAGAGUUUGUUAAACAAUCAUGAGCUUCAUUAGUUGGCGUUCAUCUCCUUCAUUCUCGUAACCUGGAUGUGUGAGUCUGGGGUGAUAUUGCAAGGAGAAAUUAGAUGCUGAUCAAGGGUUAAGAUCUAAUGACUCGGUAUAGUAAGACAUCAAAACUAUUGGCUCGAGGAAACCAGGAAGCAGACACCCAAGAGGGGAAACGAGUAAAUAUCCGUUUUUCUUGUUACUAAAUUCUUUAUCUUGUUUAUUUAUUGUAGUCUUGAUUUCCACGCGAACUUGGGAGUGGAUGUGCGCCGUCUGUGCGCUGAUUUUCAAGAAGAUAUCAAGUUUCGCUUCUCUCUUAGCUUGCAAGCGAUUUUGAGGAAAUUAUUGCGGCCUGGACCAGCCAUCGCUUUGGAAGCGAAUGUAAGAACACUUCUUUAGUACUAGAAUAAAAAACGAUAAAAAAAAAUUAUCCUAGUCAUAGAAGAGUUGAGGUCGAAGGAGCUCAUGAAGAGUAUUAAAAUCUUUGUAAUAACUUUCGAAAGGAAAGCGUUAAAUGUAAUUCUAUUUCAAACGAGGGAAAUGGCUGAAAGCCAUUUCUGAGUUGUUGUUUUGAUCCAGAAUUAACUCAUCUGCUCCAUCACUCCAGCCUUCCAUAUUUGUGGUUGAAUGGAUGUUGCCCCUCGAUAAUUUAUUUUCGAACUGUAGUGGCUCAUGGCAACUUCGAUUUUGUCUAAGAUUCAGAGCUUGGUACCUACCGCACCAGCUGUCGUGCAAGCGCUAGCAGAGGGGCAUUUUGUUGCGCAUGCGCCAAGAAAAUUUGUUCGGCGCGUUCGGCGCCAUUUUGAUAUUUUCAGCGCGCUUUUGCGGGUUUUCAACUGAGCGAUCGACACCUUUCUGUGAUAUUUUUUGGAGAGGGAUGGAAGAGUAUGACAAGUUUACUACCAUUUCUAACUCUUUGGAUACUUGUGGAGUUUGCUGGCUCUUCGGAUGAGGAUAUUUUAAUGAUCAAAGUGCGAACAAAACGCGAAAAAAAGUCGAAAACUUGAAGUUUGAGAUUUGAUUUGCUGACGAUCAAGAUGUGCACAUGAGACUACAAACCUUGAAGGUUAGUCUUAAGAUGUUGAUGUCUUACUUCUAUAAAUCACGAAGUGAUGUGUGGAGGCGAUCGUGAGAUAUUCGUUACGAUAAUAGAAGGUAGUUUACAAUUGGAUCUUAUUUUACUUCAACUUUGAAAUAAAAUUACGUUAAGUUCGAGGUGGCCCCCAAGCUUCAAAUCACUUCAAAUAACAUCUUAUCUUCUUUCUCUUUGUUUUCCCAUUGGACACAAGGCUUAAAAAAAAUCUUCCAGCUUCAGGAUUGAGUUGCUCUUUCUAUAACCUUCGGCGAAUUCGUUUUUUGGGAGGUUGAGGUGGAUUUUCAAAGUCAUGGCUCACAACUGUCUUUGGCCAUUUUGCUCUCCAAGUCUGUUGUACUUGGUACGUAGGCAUGCGUCUUAACAACGUUUAUAGUCUUGCCUCGAUCAUCUGCGGUUUUAUCUAAUUUUUUUGCUGUGUUUUGGUGAGAAUUUUUCUGAUUGCCCUUUUGGGCUUGAAGGGCUAACUAGAGGAUAAACUUCGGUAGAACUUGUUUUAUCACAUGGCCCCCAAAUCUCUCACCACUGUCAGUUCAUUGUUUAUUUAUUUAGCCUUCGGUCUAACCAGUUCAUUUACCUCCAAAAAAUCCGUGGGCUUUGUCUCAUGAGUUUAAACUGGUGCCGUUUUCUUCAUGUUCAUGUGUUAUUCGAAACGGAUGGCGUCAGCUUCAUUCUGUCUUGUUUAUUUCAAUAGAAUACUUCUGCCAUACGAAAUGAAUUUUGAGUCGAAGUGUACUCUAAAACUCGCAGAUUAAAAUUAUCUAACUUUCUCUGGUUCUUAAAACAUGAGGUGAGCGAUACAAUAAAUGAAUAAUUACUCAAGGGGCUGGAACUCUCUUUCUUUAGAAUGUGAACUACAGUAUUUCUGUCAUAUUUGAAAACGAAUUUCGGGUUAAAAUGUCUUCAAACCAGUUUGACUUGUAUUUCUCUUUGCCAGAUAAGUCUUGAUCCUUCAAUUUUUAUUUCUUAAUUGAGACUGAUGAUUGGAAUUAACUAUUGUGUUCUCUGCUGUUUAGGGAGAUGUGAAGUGACCCCACUACAUAUGGUCAGUACUAUUGACAGAAAGGAUAGGUGUGACAUUUGCUGUGGCAAGCUGGCAUUCAAGAGAAUGUCAUUAGUACCAGAAGCUUACUACUGGUAUAAAUUAUCAAUCUUUUGUUCUCUCCACACAACUUGCCUCAACUAGCUUAUGCUAUAUGCAACUUGUGUCUAUACCUUUUUGCAACUAUAAAAUUACCAAUAAAGUUUUUUGAAAGUUUUGUCCAAAUUUCAUGGGAAAACAAUAUGAGGAGUGAUCAGGUGAAAUAUUGUCCUGUUCCUUAACUGUGUUUGAGCUUCCAGGCAGAGCUAAAAAUUUCUUAAGCGACUGAUUUAUGAUUUUCUGCCUUAAAAUUAGCACAGCCAAACCCCUGGCUUGAAAACUAUUAAUUUCUGCAAAUAGGCAUCCAAGCUGAUGCCCAUUACUGCAGAAUAUGCAAUAUCAAAGUCCCCUUUUGACUUAGGUCUCAUUCCUCUAAAAUCUGAUAGAUGUAGAGCAUCAAUUUUCAUAAAGAGAUCAACAAACCUCUUCACAUUAGUUUAAUCUGACCUCACUAAGUCUUAUUCCUGAAAAGAAAAGGCUUUUUUUUUUUUACCCUCACUGUUAAAUAUCAGCCUUACUGGUUCUUUUUGUUGUUUAGCAUGUGUAAGAGUCUUUUCAGACCAUCAAAUUGUCACACAACUCUUGUAAUUUAAUAGGUUGGAGAAUAAGGUUGCAAAGAGUGUAUAUGAUUUUUUUUGUGCAGUUGAAAUGAUAAAUGAUAGUGAUUUUCACUGGGUAAUAAUUGAUUUAACUAUUCAUCUUACAACUGGAAGCCCAAAGUAGUACUUCUUUUCUUUCACAAUUUCCCCACAUCAUCGAUCAUAUCUGAUGAUAUUUCCGAGACUAAUGAUUGAAAAGACUUUAUCUUACUCUGAUAAAAUCCAUAAUUAUUCCUCCAUUUCUAACCAGAUGGAGCUACCAUAUCUCUAGCAUUAGCAUUGUCUUACUUUUCUUUACUCAACAUUGACCUUUUUUAUUUUGGUAAUCGGCCCUGCCGGUUGUGAUUCAUGUCAAAAAAAACUUUUGAAACAAAACAUAAACCUCUGUAAACUUUACAUUUUUGCCAAAAUUAGAGGUACACUGCACUAGCAGUAUAGUUGAAGCUCUAAAAAACGCUUACAGAAAGGCGAGUACUUCAAAUGAUCACCUAUAACUUGAGAUAGCAAUGACACGAUAAAAGUAUACUAUCCAAUUCUUUUGUACUCUUCGACAGGCCACUUGCAUCCUUCAAAAAUAACAUCAUCUUCAUCGAUCGCCCAGACAAUCACGAGACAAGACUCGAACAAUCUUUUGCAUUCUGAAAAUAACUUCCUUCCACACAUCACACAAUAAUUUCAAGGAUUUGCCGCUUCCAUCUACGUUACAGAAGAAAAAAUGAGAAGAAAGGUUGUCUCAAAUACUCGAACCAUUGUUUUUUCCGACGUAUUUUACUGCUUCUUUUCUUUCGUGAUUCUCGAAAGGGAAACCGACGCAGGCGCAUACCAGCGGUUUCUCGUAUCAAACUAAAAUUUACCGGACAUGCGCAACAAAAUGCCCCUCUGCUGCAAGCGCUAACUUCACCAACGACACUCACAGCUACACUAGUAGUCAUAGUUGGAGGACUGGUAAGGGUUAAAACAUUUUAUUGAUUUAGAGAACCUCAACCAUAAAACAUAGCGGUCAAACGUUGGGCAUGCGCAAGGGGAUCGAUUCUUGCCGGUCGUGCCUCAAUUUCCCGCGUAAAAUUUCAAAUUAAAACAUAAGAAACAACCGCUAUCCUGCAAAUCAAGCGAAAGAGAAUCGAAACGAUUAUAGGAAUCUGCUAGAGGAAACAAAAGCAGGGGAAAGGAAAGUGAGGGACUUUUCUUACACUAAGCUUUUUCAAGUACUGGUAUCGUGUUGAUAUACCGAACGUUUUGAGCUUUACCGAAAGAAAAUGCUUUUGAAACACCAUAACUUAUUGUCUUGUAUGGUUGUUGGUAACUCGUGAGACAACUUGUAUUUGACAGCCUCAAAGCGCUUUACUCAGUCAUUACAACUUUCGCACAUGCUUAUACGAUCGCCGUACAGACAAAUCGCAUCUCAAAAAUGUGAUUUAAAUUUCCACGUAACAUUACAGACGUAUGUAUGCCUAUACGAAGCGUCAAUUUUAAUUCGUGUUUCUCCAAUUGCAGACUUGGAAGACUGUAGGGGGGCGGUUCACGGCUUUGUGUGGUGGGUUAUACGGUGGAGUGUAUGUAUUUGAGAGGGUACGUUGGACCUAUGGUGGUGAAGAAGAAUCUUUCAAACGACAGUUUGCGGAUUACGCUUCGGGAAAGCUUCAGUCAGAAGUCAGCGUCAUGAGCGCCAAGUGUAGUGGACAAGUGCGACAGUAAGUUUGGCUGCCAUUUGAUUUUUGAAGCGUCUAUGAUGUGUUUGUUUCUCAGAUUUUCUUUUACCCACAAAGCCGUGUGGUUAGUUUUUAUUUCAAUUUGUGCCUCGUGGUCUGGCUAAUCAGAUAAUGUGUCAUUUUGUUGACCAAUUAUAUCGCAUAUCGUUCAGGAGUCGCGAAUUUUCUCACGGUUUACACUCGGUAUCUUGCCAAUCAGACCAGGUGUCGUGCUUUUGACCACUCACGUUUCAAAUACUAAAACUGACGCGGAUUUUCCCGCGCUUUACGCUUGGUGCCAAACAUUGAUUUGCUCCUCAAUUGAUUUCUGCCGCGUAACAGCCCCAUUUUAAGCCAAAAGUGAAGUUAUUCCUCCCAUUGAUACCUUUUUGCUCAAGUAACUGUCGUAUUUGCCAAAAUGUUAUCAUGAACAUGUUUAAACUCAAGCUCUCUAGCUCAGAGCAGAGGGUAACUUCACUUGCCUUAAAAAUGAAUGUUGAAACGGUGCCAUAUGGUGAAAGGCGAGAAGUGUUGAUUGGAUGUAACCAGGUUGGUAACUUAACAAUUCUAGAAUCGUCUGUGGCUGUUUGAUUUUACACCCAUUCGGUACGCUAUUCUAAGCAUGCAAAGCCUUAAUUACCGCUCUCGCUAAGAGCGGUCCUCUCAACUUCACUUCGGAAAAAAGUUUUCUCUUAUUUUUUUUGCCCAUGAAAAUGGUUUAGGACAGAUAUUUCAAAAAUAGUUAAGUUGUUCUCCAAUUCGAUCGCUGUCCACACGGGUGGUCUGGCCAAAAAUCGUUUUUGGCUGUUGGCGACCCCAAAGAAGAGAAUUGGAGAACAACUAAACCAUUUUUGAAACAUGUGUCCUAAACCCUUUUCGUGCGCAAAAAAUAAAGGAAAACUUGUUUUUGACGGAAAGUCUAGAGGACUACUUUUAGCGAGAGCGGCACUUAAGUGUCUUCACCUCUGCCAUAAUAUUAUCUCUAUGCCAAGAAAGCGAUGCGAUUUGAUAUUAAAAGUGUUAAUUCAAUGCUCUGUGCAGCCUGACAACUGAUUGAUUCUGCAAAGAAACUUUUACACCUCAAUUGUCUUUGGUCUAACUGAACAUCGCGAGUUGAAUACUUGUUUGCUAUUUUGAUCUUGUUAUGAGGAUUACUGUAUAUUAAUUCCUCUAGUUCAUGAUAUGCGGCUUAGCGGUAAGAUACAUAAUGUCAAAUCCUCGAUUAUUUUGAAAACUGGUUAUUGUGUACUUCAGAUAAAGAAACAUUUCACUUAAUUUUAUUUCAGAGAACUGACGUCAACCUUCGCGAAGCUUGAGUUUCCGGUUCUGAGAAAAAUGGAAAAUUUGGGAAAAAACAUCGUCGAACUGGAUCAAGAAAUAACAAAACUUGAGAAAAUCGAAAAGAAAUCGAUAGCAUUAAGGUAAUUCUGUGUUACAUAUCGGCAAUUAAUUAAUGACAACAGCUGGAAGGAAGGAGAAAAAAAAAUAAUAGUGAAAUGGGGGUGGUGUGGAGAAAAAUUCUUUUCUUCUGAACUCAAAUGUAUCAUUACCCUCCGUCUUCACAUUGGGUUGUCAUUCUCUCUCGCUGAAGGGAACAAGGUGGCAUGGAUAAGGGAUUAUCCACGAUUUCUUAGACUAGUACUCCCAAAAAAGGAUGUUGUGAAAAUGAAAGGAGGGGGUUGGGAGGGAAGGGAAGGGAAGGAGUGAGAAUUACCCCUUGCCCCUUCAUAGACCACCAUUUCAUCUUAGGAAAUAUUUUUUUUAUCAAGGGAAAGGGGAUUGUGGGGAUUGGGGGAUUAGCCUCUACCCCCCUUCACAGACAACCUCGUCAUCCUAAGUAUCGUUUGUAAACAGAAGCAUGGGGAGAGUGCAGCACCAGAAGUUCUAAGUGAGCUCGCUUUCUGUCCUUAGGAACGAUGCAAGUCGGUUGGAAAGCGAACUGUCCCAAUUCAUCACCGAGUUUGGUUUGGAAAAGAGCAAGAUUUGAAAUGAUGACUUCUUGAAAUCCAAAGACUUCUGAAAAUCAAGUCUAUAGCUCGCGUAACUGGAAAGUUUUAGUCGGUCAAAGAAGAUUUAUGCGGCCGACCAGUAAUUUAUUUUUUCACGUUCCCCUUGUGACUUCACCGCUCAUUCGCGCAGUUCUGUUACCCAAAACUGCCACAAAACUGUUAGUUAUGCAGGCUUUAUCAUCCCUAUCUACUUAGUUUAUUUUUCAUGGCCAUGAAGCGUGUAGAUCUACUUAGAAAAAGCUUUCCAUUCAGUUAAAAAAAAAAUAAUAAACACGCUACAUGGCUUAGGCGUUACGAAUGUUUUUCGAAGUGGUUUCUCUUUUCUACAUGAUGUAAGAGAGGACUUCUCUAAGAGUUCUUCGAAAGUUUGGUGGCUCUGUCUGAGGUUCUUUUCACUGUCAGUAUGUUUUAGAGGUUGUUAAGAAAUGCCUGUUAAAAUUAUUAGUCAAAAGGUAGUAUCUAUCAGAUGAUACAGGUCACAUCCAGAGGCAUGCAAUGCUAAUAAUUUUUCCUGACUAAAGUACACAGAUGCUUACCCUACAAAACAUAAUCAGAUUUGAAUCGGUUUAUCUUAUUUUAAGAAAUUUAUUAAAAAUACGAAUGGACAGUUAACGACUGUUAGGACGCUCAAGUGUUCUUGUCUUUUUACGUCCGGCAGACGGACUGAAAAAUUACAGAUUGGUCAGUCUUUAUUAUGUUCGUAACUAAUGAGAUUAAAGGGUAAUUUUGUGUUAUCAACUAAGUUGACAACUUAAAAUUAAUUGUUUGAAAUAAA